AACACGCCGCUCGAAUAUUAGGUACAGAGUGCAGCCGAGUAAGAGGCGUUUCGCGUUUCGAAGCGGCAGCAGUUGAACUUUUAAAAACUUUUAAAAAAACCUAAGUGUUUUCGGCCAGUGACUUUUGUGCAGUGAUCAGUGAUGAGGCCGCCUACGGAAUAUGAGGGGGGAGCGCGGGUGCCGACGGAAGCCGAGGAGGUGGACCCGCGGGCGCCGGCGAUGAUGAUCUGCGCCCGGCUCGCUGGCCGCGCCAUCAUUCGCGUCGUCGGACGCUGCGAGGAAGCCCAGGAAAACAGUCAGCUCGACCUGUCAGAAUGCCAGCUGAUGCAAGUCCCGGAUGCAGUGUACCACCUCAUGCGACACACGGAGCUUAAGAGCUGCGAUCUCAGUGGCAAUGUCAUCACCAAGAUACCUCCCAAGUUUGCGGUCAAGUUCAGUUUGAUCACAGAUUUGAACCUCUCAAACAAUCAGAUGGCCAGAUUGCCAGAUGAGCUGUGCACACUGGCUUGCCUGGAGCGGCUGGACAUCUCCCAUAACAGCUUUGUGGCCCUCCCGGCCAUCGCCUGCCAGUGUCCCAGUCUCCACACAUUACAUGCACACCACAAUCAGAUUAUUGAGGUAGACGUGGACCGGUUGGGGCGGUCGCGCGCCCUCGAGUACGUGGACCUGAGCGACAACCCCCUCCCGCCGCGCGUGCACGACGAGCUCAAGCAGCUCUCGCGGCCCUCCGUGGCCGUGUCCGAGCGCGUCAAGGAGGACUGGGAGGAGGACCUCCUCCUCUAGGAGGCUGACUCGCGUUCAGGGCCAGAGCUGACAUUCAUACGAGCUUGUGAUACUCGAUUUAUAGUCAUUGUAGUUGUGAACGUCCGUUUUUUAUAAUAAGUACAAGACUUUUUAAAUCUGUGUUUUUUAGCAAAUAUUUAAAUCGAAUGGCUCUAUAUAGUCACGCUGCAUAUAGUAUGUAACAAAGCCUAAAUAAUAAAUCAAAUCGAAUCGGAGUAACAGCUGAUGUAACUGAAUAAAAAUGUCAUUUAUAGCCUGUUGAGAUAGAUGCAGUAUAUUUCAUAAAACAGCAAUAUUUCAGUAACUAGUACUUAUUAUUUGUAAUGCUCGUACCUACGCUGUGAUACUGGCCCUAACCUACCUGUGAUCUGUCUAUGAGAAUAUGACAAUAUAAAUUGUGUAUUGUUAGUUCGUGCAUUGCAUAUUGUUUUAUGUACCUAAGAGUAAAUGUGGAUUCCGUUAACUGCAACGCCCGUGUCGAAAUCGUGGUUUGCACAAAUAUUAUUAGAACGCAGGAUCUAUCAAGGGCUUACUUUAUUCUGGUCCUAAAUAUUAUUACUAGCGUUGCUUCAAAGUUUAAACUAUUUUUGGUUCAACCUAGGUAGGACCUGGAGACAGUAUGUAGUACUUUUUAUAAUGGGUUUGUGCAAUAUGUUUCCAGUGAGUUCUCGGGUUGAGUGCUGUAACGGUAUUUUUAAAAUAAUGAAUUACUUCAUUGUGCUCAAAGAGGUGUGUAUAUUAAAAAUACAUAGUGGGACGCCAGGGUGAAAUUUAUAAUUAUUUGAAUCUAGAUUGAUGAUAAGUUUUGUUCAAACGAUACUGACCUGAAGGAACCGUAGAAUGUGUGCUCCAAAUUAUGCUCCAGAAUUCAAAAUUUAAAAUAAUUUAUGAAAUUAUUAUAUAUGAAAAAAACUGUUGGAGCACAAUUACCCAGUGGGGAGCAAAGUAGGCAUAUUUUACGGUAGAUAUAUGAGUUAGGCAUAGUUUAUACAACACCAGUGAUACUGGUAAUUUUUCUAUAAAUAUAUCUGUUUAUUUGUACAUUGAAAGAUUGUAAUGUUAAUAAGGAUAUGCGAUCACUCUCUCUGAAUUACAGUACAUACAGGUAUAUGAAAUUGAUAUCUAUAAUACACCUGACUGGCUUAAUUUAUAAUAAGUUUUUAUAUUGAAUACUAGUCCAUUCAUUUAGAUAAGAAUGUGCUUUAUGAAUAAGGAAAUAUAGAGAAAACUCUAAUUUGGUGCUAAAGGCAUCCUUAUAUUUAAGAUGAAGUGGCAGUUUAUUAUUUUUAACAUAUUUUUAUUAACAUUUAUUGUGCUUCUUAACGGUUUUUGUUUGUUUUACGCAUUUUAAUCGAUUUGUAAAAUA